CUCUCUCUCCCUCCUUUCAUCUGUCCUUAUUCUCAGUCUCUCCCUCCAUCUGCAGGUGUGGAGGACAGCAGCCUGAGGCUUUAAAGAGGGACAAAGGCUCCGCUGAGAGGGGGAACACAACGCUGUGUGAGAGAGGAGAGGAGAGAAGGAAGAGGAGAGAAGGAAGAGGAGGAGAGAGGGAGGGAUAGCUACAGUGCAGUAAGAGCGUCUGGUAGAACUGGUUGUUGAAAGGAAGGAGCGAUGGAGUCUUUCGCAGGAGAUGGGGAGGGCAGCACUGAUGACUUUACAGGAGGUAAGAGGAAGUCCAAGCUGAAGACCCUGAAGAAACGUCUGUUUGGGAGGACCAAGAGAGAGACCAAACUCAGCCAGUCUACUAGUGAUGUCACUGACGCGGAGGGGCUGGGCUCAGCUGAGCAUCUGUGUUCAGGCGUGUUGGGAUCACGGGCGUUGUCACAUGACAGUAUUUUCUUGGCCGACCAGGAUCUGUCUAGUCCGGAGCAGGCCAGGGUUCUAUCCCAGGAGAUCGUCCAAGGCAGGAUCAAAGAACUCCAGAUGAAGCUCCAGCAGCAGAACAUGCGUCUAGACCCGUCCCCAAUGGUCCUGCCAAUCAAACGUCCUGAGGACCUGGGGGGCAGCUCAGAGGACGAUGGUCUGCCCCACAGCCCUCCCGAAAUCUCCAUGGGCGACAACAGACACCCCCGGGGGGCAUCUUACAAGUUCCCUGCCCCUCCCAGGCACCAUAGCUCUCUGAGUUUAGCAGGAACAGGAAGUGAGGAGGAAGAGCAGGCCUCCUCCCAACCCUUGUCCCGUCCCCUCUCUCCCAUGCCCAAACCUCCUCUUACCAGCUUCCUGCUCCCCACCCCAUCUGCCCCCCUCUCUGCCUUCUCCCCUGCCUCUCCUGCCUUGGACUUCAGCAUCCCAGCCCAGUUCACCCCCUCCCUGGAUAACUCUGCCGCCCGCCACCGUAUGUCCAUCAAGCCCAGGAACCAGAGGGCCAGCGCCAAGAACAAAAGGCUGACCAUGACUGAGUCGAGACCACGCUCAGAGAGUCUUAACAACUUUCACCGGCCCUUGACAGAGGAGGAAGACGACGGGCCUGCCAUUACUGGAGGGAAAACACGUUUACGUUCUCACUCUACCCAGAUCCUAAAGGCGGAGCAAGGGGGGUCGACCACCCCCACUGCACCCUCAGAGCUGACACCCCUUAAGUCUGGUCCCACAGAGGCUGAGGUGUGCCCAAAACCCUCUACCUCUACCCCAACCCUCCCCUGCAAGCCCUCUCCACAGGAGCAGCCCCAUCCUGGGGUUGCUCUGAGACCAGUGGAAACUGUACCAGGCAAACAGCCACAGUCCUCCUCUGUGACCACAGUCCAGGACCUGAGAUACACUCCACAACAGCAGACUCUGAAACAGUCCCUGGGAGACCCCAAGCCCUCAGCCCCGUCCCAAACCAAGAGGGAUGUCCUGAGCAAGAGUGGGGUGAAAGAUUCAACCCCCAGCACAGAGGGUAGCCCCAAAGAAAACCCAGUCCCGGCCACCCAGCCCGCAGCUAGCCUGGCCUCAGUGGUGGCUCUCAGAACAUCCUCUCUGAGGUGGAAGCCAGAGGCUGGGGCUGCUGGUCAGAGUACCACAGAGCCACCUGCUGGGCAGGAGGACCCAGGUCAGGCUGAGCCACUGUCCACUGGAGGAGCUCUGAGGCCAGUUUCCGGAUCCUUCCGCUUCUCCAUCAACUCUACCAGGGAGCGGGAGAGACCCAGGAAGGGAAGUGGUGGUUUCUUGGGAGUGGUGGAGCAGGGGAGAGAGGUGAAGUUGACCCCCUCAAACACCAGCCAGAGGGGGCAGGAGCAGCAGGGGGGCAGGCAAGAGGAGGCCAAGCCCAAAGAAGAGGAGUUGACUGCCAGCAAUAUGGGGGAGAAAGUCUCGGAAGGGGAGGAGAUGGAGGAGGAGAGCAGGGAGGGAGUGGAGGAGGCAGUGGAAGUGAAGGAGGAGGCACAGGAAGAGGAGGAAGAGGGGAAAUCAGCAUUUGGCGUGAAGCUUCGCUCCACCUAUCUCUCUCUGAGGGUCCGGGCGGAGGCAGCCACCAGCAAAUCAGAUCUCAAGAUUAAGCGCCAAAGUCAGGAGGUGGGUGCUCUCCCUCUAACCCCUUACACCCCUUCCUCAAAACCCACCGGGCUUGGGGGGCUACAGGACACUCCGUCAACCAACUCCAUGCCCAAAAAGCUCAAUACGAACACCUGGGAUGCCCCAACAACACUGUCUUCACCCAGGGGGAGAGCUGGCUCCCUCAGAGAAGCAGCAACCUCAGCCCAGCCUACCACCCCAGCUACCCCUAAGGAGGUCCAAACCACCCCUGUCCCAGCCAUGGAAGCCCACAUUACCUCCUCAGCCCCUCAGGACCCCCCGACUGGCCCCCAGGCGGUCCCCCAGGCUACCGUAUCCUGGAUGAGCAUGGCAUGGGGGAAGACCAGGGGCCUCCAGCAGCUCUUCACCAGCAGUCUGCCCAGAGAGUUCACUGGCAUGCAGUCCCCAACUCAACCGCAAUGUCAGACCACAACACAACCACAGACGUCGUCACUGGCUCAGAUCGUGACGCAAACUCAGAGACAGAAUGCAACACAACCACAGACACAGACAACAACGCCACCACAGGCUCAGACCGCAGCACAACCACAAUCACAGACCACAAUGCAACCCCUGACUGCUAAACUACUGCAGUCACAGAAUUCAGCACAACCACCACAGACAGCAGCACAAGCACCCACACAGACCACAAAACAACAGCAGACUGCCAAAACACCACAGACACAGAACGCAACACAACCACAGACAGUGACCCAACCAUCAACACAGAACACAAAACCAUCAACACACACGUCAAACCAAACCAACACUCAGGCAGCACAACCAACCACCGCCACUCAACCUCUAGCACAAUCUACCCUAUGUUCUGUGUCUCGGGUGACCGCACAGUCCAACCUACGAGCAACCCAGCACACCCUGCACUCCACUCCACAGCCCCAAGCCCAAGCCACACUACGGUCCGCCCCAAUGGGUGCCACUUCCACUCAGCCCCCAGCCCCGUCUUCCCUCUCUUCAAGCCCAAGCUCCACACCCAGCCAGCCCCCCUGGAGCGCACGAGGUCUCAACCCUACCCCUCAGCCCAAACCAGCCUUAGCCCCAACAACAACCCCAGCCCCAGUCCAAGCCCCAGCCCCAGCACUAGGGAGAGGUGAGAGGACCCCUGUUCUCCAAGGGAAGAGUGAGGAGGCGGCUGUGCCAACAGAGAAGAGGGUGGAGCGGGACAGGCCAGGGACUGUGGGAGGGAGGGCAGCCUUUCUGGAGAAACGGGCAGAGUGGACCCCUCCUGCUGGGAGCAAGGUGGAGCUCAGGAGAACGAGGACCCCACCUGAGUCUCAGCCCACAGCUGAAUCUGCUGCUCCUUCCAAAACGCCACCCACUCACAGAGACACUAAAGUUGCUCAACUUGAUGGGAGACCAGAGUCAAGCCCAACUAAAGUGGCAGGUAGGCUUGCAGACAGAGAGGACAAAUGGCAGAGAAUGAACAUGGCAACGUCGGCGUCUCCUUCAUCAUCACCUUCAUCAUCAUCCCCCCUGCAGACCAACUCUGACAGCGGGGGGCAGCCAUCUUGGAUGGAACUGGCCAAGAGGAAGUCAAUGGCCUGGAAUGACAAGACCAUGGACUGAUAGAUUAAGAAAGAAAGAGAAAAAGAGA